AUGGACUGUGAAAAAACUGAAUAUGAGAGAAGCAGAAAUGGGCACUUAGAUUUUGCAAAGAAAAUACUGGAAUUAAAGCCUGAAUUUGCCACACAGGUGAAUGUAGAAGGAUAUAACCCAAUGCAUUUAGCAUCAAGAAAUGGACACCUACAGAUAGCAAGAGAGAUCAUCAUCACAACCGACUCAAAUGUUUGCCGUAUUGAAGGAAAAGACGGGACUACCGCUCUUCAUUUAGCAGUUUUAGGAGGGAGGGUUGACGUGAUAAGCGAAAUACUAGUUAAUUGUGAAGGAUGUAUGGAAGAUGUGACGGUGCAGAAAGAGACUGCUUUGCAUCUUGCUGUCAAGAACAUUCAGGCAUGGGCAGAAGUCAGUGGAGUGGCUGGGUCAGGAUGA